AUGGCGGCUGAGCAACAGCGAGUCGGUUGUCCUGGCGACGAGUCUGUUAGUGGUCUCCAACUCAAAGACGUUCCUCUGACCACGGGCUCUGGUACCAUAAUUUGUGACGUCUUAAUUACCUUCCAUCGCCCUUUCGUGCCCGCCUCGAUGCCUCAAGCUGUAUUUCAAACCUUGCAUGCACUCUCCCACCCUGGGAUACGAGUCUCUCAAAAGCUCCUCACGGAAAGGUUUGUUUGGCCUGGCAUGAACAAGGACGUCAAAGCUUGGGCUCGGUCGUGUCUGAGCUGCCAGCGAAACAAGGUGCAGCGUCACAACAAGUCCCCAGCAGGCACUUUCCCCAGUCCCGACGCACGGUUCAGUCAUGUGCACCCGGAUGUCGUAGGCCCCUUGCCUCCAUUCAAAGGUUUCACCCACCUCCUUACCUGUGUCGAUCGAUAUACCCGCUGGGCUGAAGUUUUUCCUUUGCCGAAUACGCAGGCUGAAACCAUCGUGAAAGCAUUCGUCAGUCGCUGGGUCGCCAUGUUCGGUGCCCCAUCCACGGUUACGACUGAUCGUGGUGCCCUGUUUGAGUCGGCACUCUUCCAAACGCUAAUCAAUUUUUUUAGCUGCACACGCAUUCAGACGGCAACCUACCACCCAGCUGCCAACGAUAUGGUUGAGCGUUUCCAUCGCCAACUAAAAACCGCCCUGCGUGCCGUAGAAGACCCAGGAAAUUGGUCAGACAACCUUCCUCUUGCACUCCUCGGCAUCCGCACAGCUCUGAAGUAUGAUCUGGACUGUAGCGCAGCUGAAUUGGUUUUCGGCACUACCCUCCGAUUGCCAGGCGAGAUAAUCACCCCAAACUCUCGUGGGGCCGACGAGACUCCUGACAACCUUUUGCACCGUUUGCGGCAAUUUAUGCGCUUGCUUUCCCCGGUUCCACCUCAAACUCCAAUGACUGAGUCUUAUGUCGAAAAAUACUUGGACAAGUGA